AUGGAAGAAAUAGUGAAAGAAUUUCAUACAUUGCUAUCUUUGAAUAGUAACAUAACUGUUAUAAAAAAUUUCUUGAGUGUAUAUAGUUUUAAACAAUGUAAGAAUUUAGUUAAUACUCCAGUCAAUGAAAACAGUGAAGUUAUUGCUACAGAUACUGAUCAUGAACAUUUUCUUGGCUAUACAGCACUACAUUUUGCUGCAGAAUACAAUGAUUUGAAUUUAGUUGAAUUAUGUCUACAGUAUGAAGCAGAUAUUCACAGAGUUUCAUCAAUAGGAACACCUUUGCAUAUCGCAAUGUUAUAUGAACACCAGGAUUUAUUUCAUUUCUUAAUAAAAUGUGGUGCUAACGUUCACCAAAUAAUCCACACAUUAUGCUUAAAUGCAUAUCAUGUUUUGUUAUGCUUUGGUGACUGGUACGAUGAUUGUUGGAUAGCAAUACUGUUUGAUUAUAAUUGCGACAUUAACCAUAGGUUAAUAAGUGGAGAGACACCUCUUUUUUGCGACCGUCCAUGUAUGCUUCGCUUUUUGUUGAAAUAUGGUGCGGAUAUCAAUAUUUCAGACAGCAAUGGUACUCUGCCAUUAAAUUAUUAUAAAGAUUCAAUUUUAAACAAUUCACUUCUACCAGCAGAAUUUUAUAUGAAUAUUUUGAGCCAUGUAGAAAAAUUAAAAUUGAUAAAUUAUCAUGUUGAUGGAUUCAACAAUGAGUUAUGCACACUGAUUUUAGCAAAUAAAUGGGUAAUUGAUCCAGGUAUGAUACAUUUUUCUGACACUAACAUUGCGCAUAUCAAAAGUGAAUUCACAGAUGAAAUAGAUAAGAUGAAAAUAAAUAACUUUUCUUUGAUGAGUUUGCUUUGCAAUGAAGAUAUCAAUGCACUUGCUGCACUAUGCAGAAAUCCUACUGUACAAUGUACUCUAGAAGCAGAUGAUUUCAAAACCAAGUUUCCUGAAUACCAUGGUUUACUAAUGAUUAAAUAUCGAAUCGGUAAGACAAGACUUAAUUUAUUAAAUAGUGCAAAGGAUAUAAUGGUACCAUUAUUAUACAAGCAGAAGUUACCAGGACCAUGUUUAGAAAUGAUAUUAAAUCAUUUAUCAAAUGAAGAACUUGAAUUGUUGAAAUAA